AUGGAAGACCUGAAUCGGAUUCUCGAAAAAUUCACCGACCCAUCGACGGGGUCUUUACACGGCGCGGUCUUCAUUGCUAUUGACCGUUCAGGGAAAGCACUUUACAAUCACGCUACCGGAAAAGCGACUUUUGACACACAAAAUGCAUCUGUUGUGAACCAAGACUCGCUAUGUUGGAUUGCAUCCAUGACCAAACUAGCAACAGCAGUAGCUGUUAUGCAGCUGGUUGAACGGGGCAUUGUCUCAUUAGACGAUGAUGCUCGCGAAAUAGUUCCUGAGCUCAGAGAUAUCGAAGUUUUCGUAGAUAGCAAUGCUCAGGGUUCAUGUAUGACAGGUCGUCGGCAUUACUUCAAAAAUGGUCAGAAUCCAGAGGUCGAACAACACAUACCUUUUCUGGAAGUUUGGAAGGAUAUACACAUCCGCUCAUGUUCCAGCCGGGAACAUCAUGGGCUUAUGGUGGUGGAAUAG